AUGACAUCUGCACCUGCCCUCAACUGCAUCUGCGGGCACCUCUCUCAGCUGCGCUCACUCGCGACAACCGGUGCGCUACCGAAAGGCCCCAUCAAGUCACCGUGGGACCCACCUGGGUACGACCACAGCGUACUUUCGCCCGGUUCUUCAUCCGCUGCGCUUCUCCCAGAGCCGCCCGCCAGAGACUUACCGGUUCCCGAAGGCUCCGGCGACGAGGAUGGCUACGGCGGCGACAGCGGCACCAUGUCGCCCGUCCGCGCCUCGUCGUCGGAGGGCCAGCGCCCGGCGUCGUCGCCGCCCGACAUCGCGCAACAGCACCGUCAGCAUCGCCAACAGCAGCCGCAGCAGCAGCCUACGUCCCCGAGGCGCCGAGCCGGCGCGGCCACAAAGCGGUUCGCGUGCGCCGUGUCCACCACGUUCCGCAAGCUGGGGCACCGGCUGCACCACCGGCACAACAAGGCCUCCUCGUCGGGCGUCGGCAGCGGCGCCGGGGGCGCUUCGUCCUCCUACACCUCCGCGGCACCCGGAACGGGAAACAGCCUGCAGUACUCGGGUCGCCUAAGCAUGAGCCAUCCGGACGUGUCGUCUUCGGAUAUCGUCGGCCUGGCACGAGACUCCGUGGCGUCGACGCCGUGCCAACGGGCCGUGCCCGGCGGUUGUCGGGAGCAGGCCUCGUACUCGGACCCCACGCUGCUGAGGAGCAGGCGGAGGCUGCGCCAGCAGCAACAGGGAGUCUUGGUGGACGAGGACACGUCGCUGGACGUCACCGCCACCGCACCGGCGCUGUUGCAGACCGCGCCGCCGGCACCGGCGACCCCGCCGGCAGCGCUCGCCAGAGGUCUCCUAGCGGGUGCCGAGGGUGGAGAGGAAGUCUUCCCUUUCAAGACCCGCAAGACGGAGCCGUCGUCUGGCGUGGUGUUGUACAAGCUGGAUGUUCACCUCCGCUGCGGCAAGAACCUGGUCGCCAAGGACGCCUGCGGCACGAGUGACCCGUACGUGAAGUUCAAGCAGGGCGGCAGGCAGGUGUACCGCAGCCGCACGGUGUCCCGCUCGCUGGACCCGUACUGGGACGAGUGCUUCACGGUGGCCGUGCGAGACCUCUGGGACCCGCUGGUGGUGCGCGUCUUCGACUACGACUUCGGCCUCCAGGACGACUUCAUGGGCGCAGCCACCGUUGAGCUGCACACGUUAGAGAUAGACAGGCCGACCGACAUCUUGCUCAACCUGACCGAGUCCGGCAAGGCGGAAGACGCGAACGCCAAGGACCUCGGCUACAUCGUGCUCACCGUCACGCUGCUACCGGCAUCGGCCCGUGACGACGUCGAACAACAGGUGAGCGGCAGGGAGCAUUGCGCCCGUACACACCACGUCGUGGACACUGUGUCCGCGACGUGCGGCUUCCCGACGGUAUGGAGUCUUCGUCGGCCGACGACGCGCCCGCUAGCGACGUCGACGAGGCAGGGACUCCGACACCGCCGCUCUCUCCGAAAGACGACUGCGACAGCGCUUCCGUGGCUUCGUCGGAUCACGGCGAUGGAGCUUCCCGAGACGGUUUCUGCGCCAACAGGGCCACCGCAUUCGUGGACAGCAUCAAAGCCAAGUACUUCAGCAAGAGCCUGCGCCUGGGUUCCGGAGGCGGCGACGCGUCGUCGACGAGCUACCAGCAAGAAGCAGAAGGUGCAGCUAUGGGACAGCGUCAUCAACGUGGUGCUCGUCGAAGGGCGCAACCUGCUGGCCAUGGACGACAACGGGUUCAGCGACCCGUACGUGCGAUUCCGCCUCGGCACCGAGAAGUACAAGAGCAAGAACGCCAUCAAAACCCUGAACCCUCAGUGGUUGGAGCAGUUCGACCUGCACAUGUACACGGACCAGCCCAAGGUUCUCGAGAUUACCGUGUGGGACAAGGAUUUUAGUGGCAAGGGAGACUUCAUGGGGAGGUGCUCGAUCGACCUGAGCAGCCUGGAGCCCGAGACGACGCACUCGGUGUGGCAGGAGCUUGAAGACGGCGCCGGCUCGCUGUUCCUCCUGCUCACCAUCAGCGGCAGCACGCAGGGUAGCACCAGCUGCGUCUCGGACCUCACCGCCUUCGAGGCCAGCCGGCGGCUCGGCCGCGCGAGAGAAGACCCUGCGGGCACGAUACGGCCUAAUACACAGCUUCUACGAUUGGGACGACGUCGGACACCUCGUCGUCAAAGUGUACAAGGCACAGGGCCUGGCCUCUGCCGACCUGGGAGGCAAGAGCGACCCUUUCUGCGUGCUCGAGCUGGUCAACUCGCGGCUGCAGACGCACACCGAGUACAAGACGCUGUCACCGGAGUGGAACAAGAUAUUCUGCUU